CCGCGAAAAGCUCACUGCGCAUGCGUCCAGGCUUUCACCUGGAAGUGUAGCUAGUAAACAAGCGACCGCGACGCUUCGGGCAGCGAACUUCUCCCGUUCUUUUAGUUGUUCUGGUCUCCAGAGGUCCGCCAACAUGUCUAAGAUCGAGAUGCUGAGGCUGCUGAUCAACCAGCGGCUCACCGAGGCCGCGGAGGAGAUCUUCGGCGUGUUCGGCAGAACCAUAGCCGAGUACGAGGAGGAGAUCUCCCGCUCCAAGCUGGAGAUCGAGCGCCAGCGCCGGCUGCUGGACCUCCACAAGAAGCCGCAGAUCUCUCUGCAGGUGAACAGCUCAGCUCUGCCCCAACAUGGCGCCUGCAGCCUUAACCCUUUCCAGCCAUCAGCAGACCCCAGAGCCAGAUCAGAAAACACACUCCCAUCUCUCUCUGAGCAGCAGGAGUGGAGCUCCAGUCUGGACCUGAACCAGAUAAAACCUCCUCCCAUCAAAGAGGAGGACGAGGACGAGGAGCUGUGGCCGCCUCAGCGGGAGGAGACGCCUCAGACGGCGGAGCAGAACGACGGCAAGUUCGUGUUGUUCCAGAGCGGCGGUGUGAGGAACGCGCAGGACAACCACCACAUGACCUCCUCGCUCUCAACGCGGCCGUGCCAGGACCUGGACGACUCGGAGCUGGACCCCCAGCCGGGCACCUCGGUGCCGCAGACCUGCUCUGACCUCGGCGAGGACGCCCCUGAAGCUUCAGAUCAGGCUUCAGGUAACGGCCAGCCGGACUGCAUCGAACUGGACGCGCCGCUGUCCGAGGUGGUGGACUCGUACAUUUGCACCAUUUGCGGCCGUGCGUUCGCUCAGCGCGGCCACUGGGCCAAACACGUGCAGGUGCACCGCAAGGUCGAGAGCAAAGCCGACAAGUCGUACACGUGCGACAUCUGCGGGAAGAGGCUCACGCGGUUCGACGGUUAUCAGAAACACUUGAGGAUUCACACGGGUGAAAAGCCGUACUCCUGCGACGAGUGCGGCCGCAGGUUCAGCGACAACUCGAAUUACAAACGCCACAUCCGCACACACACGGGACUGAAGCAGAGCUGAGACCGUGGGACCAGGACUCAGAGCGGGAUGGACCGUCAGACCUUUGGCAGAGGAGGUUUCCAGCACAUAGCGGUCGCAUGAACACAAGACGUGUCAACGCUGUCUGGAUAAAGAUGAAUAUUUGCUCCUCCUCCUUUUUUACAUUUCAGUGAGAGUUGUUCGUUUUCCUUCAGAGACGCUGCAAAAUAAAAACCAGAACAAAUUCAGAGGUUUUUAAAACUGGUUAAAAGAAAGAACGGAGCAGAAGAAGGCCGUGUUGGUCUCGCCAUUUUGUUUGCCAGCAGAGGAGGAAGAACUGGAUUUCAAAGAUAAAUGGACGGGAAACUCUCAAAAUAUAAAUGGAUUUUUAUAUUUCUCCACGUGAGUGUGGACAUCGUGCACCGAGACCAGGAAGAAGAGACUUUUAUAUUGUAAUUUUAUAUAUUAUAUAUUUUAACAGACUUUACACUGGAGGAGACGGUGCUGUCCUUUUACACUUACCAGUGUUUGACUUGUGUCCACUCAGUUUUUUAGGUAGUCAGGCAGCGUAGAAGUCUGUAGCACAAAAAACAUCCACCAGCCGUGUUUUGAUUAAAGAAUUGAAAGAUUGGAAAGUUUUCACGUUCUUCCAUCGGAGCUGUUUCUCCUAAUGAGUCCGACUGCAGUCCCCCCCUCCUGAGGCCCCUAGUGUCCGUGAGCCAAUGGCGUUUGUCGUAUGAGGUAGGCUACCUUAGCAGUCCACCAAAAUCUGUUUCUGAACACAUUUGAGGUGAGAAAUAAGCAGCACAGAUGCCUGAAGCUUCACUCAUGUUAGAUCUACGUGGCCAAUUUUAAAAGUUUGGCAGGGGCGCUACUUUGCUGCUGAGACAUUUCCCAUAGAGGUUAGCGAGUUAGCCAACAUUAGCUUGAAGGUUACUGUGGUGCUUUCCAACAAGUUAGUCUAUAAGAAUGUCUUCGGUUAUUUAGUUAUGCUAUGGCUGAUCACAGAUCGUGCCUGUAUUGCUGUAUCAUAUUCAGAUAUUAAUAAGUGAGUGAAUAAUUUAACAGACCAGCAGGGGCGAACUGGAACUGGUCCGAGGGGCCCGAGGAGAGGGGUCUGCAGUUGGAAGCAACAACACAGGACUGAAGGUUUGGUUAGCAGCUCGUUUGUUUCUGCAGCAUGGAAUAUGUGAUCAUCUCUGUUAAGACACUAAACUCGUGUUAAAUAAGGUUUGAUUAGGUGAGAGCUGGUUUAUACAAAGGUCGCUGUAAAUUAUGAAAACUCUGAAAUAAAACUCGACAGCUGACAGCCUUUAUAUCCACAGCUCCACCCUGUUCAACACAACUAUUAUGCGACUUUUGGUAACGGUGGGAUGGAUUGUGAACUGAUUGGAUUUUGUUGUAUUUAUCAUCUAUCAGUAAAAUCUCUGCCUGACCUAUAAGGUAA